AGCUGGAGAAGAGUGGCUUUUGCGCUCAUUCUUGUUCUAUGUUUCUCCAGCAAAUCCCUCCUCUCUAUGGCGGCCAUUAAAGCAGCUUACUGGCCUUCAUCGACCGACUCUUAUCAACCCCCAUUGUCCAUAGACACAACCUACUUCACCCACCUCUACUAUGCCUUCAUAGAGAUGGACCCCCUCACUUUCAAGCUCAGGGUUUCACCAAAUGAAAGUGUCUUGCUAUCGGAAUUCACCGCUGCAAUCAAGCUACGGGACCCACGAGUCAAAACCCUCGUUUCGAUUGGAGGAGGCGGCAGCAAUUCAACUGCAUUUGCCCUCAUGGCCUCCUCAAAGCCUUCUCGACAAAUUUUCAUUGAGUCUACAAUUGAAGUUGCUCGAACGUUUGGUUUCCAUGGCCUAGACCUUGAUUGGGAAUUCCCUGCUAACCCUGACGAGAUGGCCAGCCUUGCCAAACUCUUCAUCGAGUGGAGGGGAGCCAUUGAGACCGAAGCAUAUUCGUCUCGAAGGCCCCGCCUCUUGUUAACUGCUGCAGUCUACUUCUCUCCCCACUUCUUCCUAUCUGAUACCCCUCGGUCUUACCCAAGCAAAGCCAUAAAAUACCACUUGGAUUGGGUUAAUGCUAUGUGCUUUGAUUACAGAGGCGCAUGGGACACAUCGGAGACCGGGGCUCAUGCUGCUCUUUAUGAUCCUAAGAGCAACGUAAGCACGAGCUACGGCAUUGAUGCGUGGCUAGGAUCAGGGCUCCCUCAAAGUAUGUUGGUGAUGGGAUUGCCACUUUAUGGGCACACUUGGAAGUUGAAAGACCCCAAUGUGCAUGGGAUAGGUGCCCCAGCGGUUGGGGUGGGGCCCGGGGGUGAUACCGGGGUUUUGACAUAUACGCAGGUGGUGCAGUUCAGUUGCACCAACAAUGCCACUGUGGUGUAUGAUAGGACCACUGUCUCUACGUAUUUGUAUGCAGGGCAUUCUUGGGUCGGUUACGAUGAUGCUCGGUCGACUAUUGGCAAGAUCAGGUUUGCGAUUACCCGACAUAUUGGCGGCUAUUUUUUUUGGGCUGUUAGCUACGAUCAGGACUGGGAUAUAUCUAGACAAGCUUCGGAGGCCCUGGGGCGUCACUAGGAAUUCCAUUUCCUCCAACUUCUAUUGGGGGUACGAGGAAGAAUAA